AUGUCCACAGACGAAGGCUGGACCCGCGUCCAUCGCAAAUCCCGCCGCCAUCGCCCCUCCUCCGCCAAGUCCAUCGCCUCGACACAACCUCACUCCUCGCCAGACACCUUCGCGCCGCGCACCUCCGGCGUACUCCGGCCGCCCGAGGCCCUGCGCGCCGACUACGACAAGCUCCGCGCCGAGUGGCUCGCCUCGCCCGCCUGCGCGGCGCUGCUCCGGCUGCUUGACGCGCAGCCCCCGCGAGUCGUCGUCCCGGUGCGCAGGGCCGUGUGUCUCGGCAUCGGCACGUUCGACCCGGCCGACGGCGCGUGGGAGGCCAAGCGCGCCGCGUACGUGCAGCUCUGCGCCUUUUCGACCAUCGUGUCUCAAUUAGAAAAAUAUACCCAACUCUCCGUCGAGUGCGUCUUCCAGGACCCCAUCUUCACGCCCUCAGACAUUUCCUUCCUCACCGCCCUCGGCCAUCGUGUCGUCCCCUCGCCCGCCGCGUACGCGCUCGUCGAGGGCACCACCCUCCUCUUCGCCGUCCACCUCUACCGCCCCAUCUACGCCGCCGCCUUCCAACAACCAGACCUACCCGCCAUGUUCGUCGGCACCGGGUGGGACGUCUGGGACACAGUGACGAUGGAGGAGGCGACGGACUUGGAGAACAUGAAGAGGAUGGACCGGACGUACACGCGGCACGAGUUUCCGCAGGACGCGGCGAGCACGGCGUUUUCCAGCACCAGCAUCUACUUUGCACCGCAAGGGGCGAAACCCUCCGCGGCCAGGCCUCCCUCGUCUGAGCAGGGCAGAGGCGCUGUAGUGGAGGAGGCUUCGGGCGACGCUUCAAGACAAGGGGGAAAAGCGCUUGUUUCGGCGGACGAAAAGGCAGACAAGCCUGUAGAGAAGGACAUCACAGACAAGACCAUCACAGACAAGAACACGAGCAGCAAGGAGGAGCCUAUAGAUGAAGAUAUCAUAAACAAGGACACGGGCAGCAAGGAGGAGCCUACAGACAAGGAUAUCAUAAACGAGGGCACGGGCAGCAAGCAAAAAGUAGAGAAACGGUCAAUUGGUCGUGUGUAA